AUGAGACCUAAAUACAUGCAGCCUUCGCAAGGACAAACAGAAAAAAAGAAAGGUGGUUCCAUAUUCAUAUUUAUCGUGUUCUUCAUACUAGCCUUCAUAUACAUAGGGUACACGGGAAUCGUCCUGCGGUCUUGGUUCAUCCCGUACAGGAGUGGCUCCUUCACAAUAGCCGUCUUGUUCCACGUCUUUUUUUUGUUAUUUUUGCUAAGUUUUAUAAAAGUAAAAUUCUACAACAAGAGAGAGAGAGCUAUUCUGCCUAUUUCUUCCUACUUCUUCCUAUUUAUGCCUAUUUCUUCCUACUUCUUCCUACUUCUUCCUAUUUAUGCCUAUUUCUUCCUAUUUCUUCCCAUUUCUUCCUAUUUAUGCUUAUGCGCCUCGACGGACCCCGGGAAGGUCCCGCGUAACUGGGGCUUCUACAUUGGCGACGACGUGAAGAGAAGGCGGUACUGCAAAAUAUGUAACGUGUGGAAACCGGACCGCACACACCACUGCUCAGCAUGUAACAGAUGUGUAUUGAACAUGGACCACCAUUGUCCAUGGAUUAACAACUGUGUGGGUUUUUUCAAUCGAAGAUUUUUUAUACAGCUUUUAUUUUAUGGCUUAAUUUGUCUCUUCAUAGUGGCAGUACAGACGUUCCACUACAUUUUCAUUGACAAUGCAAACGCAUAUAUAGAGGAUGGUUUCCACGACAAGUCUUCCUUUGUGGCUCUGGAGUACACGUAUGCUUCUAUCGUAUUAUUUUUAACCUUCGUUUUAAUUUUCGCUUUAGUUCCCUUCACCAAGUUUCACUUGAAAUUAAUUUCAAAAAAUUCCACCACGAUUGAAAACAUGGACAUAUACAACCAGGACUACAACAUGUACAACGUGGGAUGCGAGGACAACGCGAAGCAGGUGUUCGGAAACAACAUAUUGUGCUGGAUGUGUCCAUUCCACUGCAUUUCGAAUCGACCUGCAGGGGACGGGGUGCGCUGGAGAGUCAGCGUGGCACAUGAGAAUAUGAUCUGA